CCUCCAUAUAUACGCGUACCCCUCACCUCUACUUUCAACUCAAGUCGCAACCGCAAAAUCCGCGCCUUCCGAUCCGCCGCGGUCGCUCGAUCCAGCGGCUGAAACCCGGCCAUCUCCGUUGGCACCUGGCCCUCGCCACGCACGCUCGUCGCCGCCCGGGCCUGUCACGACAGCACCGGAGCCGCCGCGACCGAGAGACCCAAAACACCACCGAGACCGAAGCACGUCGCCCCAAAAGCGCCUCCCGCCCCAUCUCAUCACGCCCGGCCUGAUCGCACCGCCGCGCCGCGUGGCUCUGUCGACGGCGUCGGCGAGCAACAACCUCGAGAGAAGACGCCGCGGCGCGCGGCUCCGCUGAUCGAACCGACCGACCGACCGUCUCGCCGGCGGCCGAGAUGGUGCUCGCGGAGCUGGGCGGGAGCAUCGCCCGCGCGCUGGCGCGGAUGAAGGGCGCGACCGUCGUGGACGAGAAGGUGCUCGCGGACUGCCUCAACGAGAUCUCGCGCGCGCUCCUGCAGGCCGACGUCCGCUUCGAGACGGUGCGUGACGUCAAGGCCGGCAUCAAGAGCACCGUCAACCUCGACGCGCUCGCCGCGGGCACCGACAAGCGCCGCAUCAUACACAAGGCCGUCGUCGGUGAGCUAUGCAGAAUGCUGGAUCCAGGGAAGCCGGCCUUCACCCCCAGCAAAGGGAAGCCCAGCGUGGUCAUGUUCGUCGGCUUGCAGGGUUCUGGAAAAACCACAACUUGUACAAAGUAUGCAGAUUAUUAUCGGCGCAAAGGGUUUAAUCCAGCACUUGUUUGUGCCGAUACAUUCCGAGCUGGUGCUUUUGAUCAGUUGAAACAAAAUGCAACAAAAGCCAAAAUACCCUUCUACGGAAGCUACGUUGAAUCAGAUCCUGUGAAAAUUGCUGUUGAGGGUGUGGAUAGAUUUAGGAAAGAAAAGUGUGAUCUCAUUAUUGUAGAUACAAGUGGACGUCACAAGCAGGAAGCUGCUCUUUUUGAAGAAAUGCGCCAAGUUUCAGAGGCUACGAAACCAAACCUAGUGAUAUUUGUGAUGGAUGGUAGUAUUGGUCAGGCUGCAUUUGAUCAGGCGCAAGCAUUUAAACAGAGUGCUUCUGUUGGUGCUGUUAUUGUUACAAAAAUGGAUGGGCAUGCAAAAGGCGGGGGUGCACUUAGCGCGGUUGCAGCUACAAGAAGCCCAAUCAUAUUUAUUGGAACUGGAGAGCAUAUUCCAGAUUUUGAAGUCUUCGAUGUGAAACCAUUCGUUAGUUGCCUGUUAGGCAUGGGAGACUUGUCUGGCUUGAUGGACAAGAUCCAAGAUGUUAUGCCAGCUGAUGAACUCUUGCCAAAGCUGACUGAAGGAGCUUUCACUCUUAGACUUCUGUAUGAGAUGUUCCAGAAUCUCCAAAAUAUGGGUCCUCUUGGGCAGCUCUUUUCUAUGAUACCUGGUCUUAGUGCCCAGUUUAUUGAAAAAGGAAAGGAAAAGGAAGGUCAAGCAAAGAUUAAGCGGUACAUGACGAUCAUGGACUCCAUGACUGAAAAAGAGCUUGACAACAAGAAUCCAAAGUUGAUAAACGAGUCGCGGAUCAACCGUAUCGCUCGGGGAUCGGGCAGACUUGUCAAGGAAGUGGUGGACAUGCUGGAGGAGCACAAGCGAAUUGCCAAAAUGUGGAGCAAAUUGCCGCUCCAGAACAUCAAGAGACCAUUAACUAACAAUCGUGACUUAAAGCCGCUAGUUAAUGCGGUUCCUCCAAAUAUGCUGAAUCAGCUGGGUGGCCUAAAUGGGUUGCAAAAUAUGAUGAAACAGAUGGGUUCUCAUAAAAGAUGAGACCCAUAGCAUUUUGUUGGAUGUAAACCUGCAUCUUUUGAGAUUACCUCUGUUUUUUUUUUCUUUUUUGCAGGUGGGAUUACCUCUGUUGAAGAAUGCAUCUUUCUGAAAAUGAUCACCCUAUUUGAGAUUACCUCGAUUUUUUUCAUUUUUUUUCUGUAUUAUGAUUGUACAUGGAAUUGAGUCUCACAUGCCCUUUUGUGGGGAAGUAGGAAGAGUGGCCUUAACAUCUCUGGUUGCAGCAAA